CUAUAAUACAAUAAUCAUAUUGAGAUAUUUUCCUGAUAUGCUAACACCCUUCCCUAAGCUAAUGUUCACAAGCUUUAGUCUUGGUACAACAGAAAAUAAAAAAUAAAAUAAAAAAGUAUUACACAGUACAAACUUAAGGCUAGAUGGCAUGUGGGAGAAAGACAGGGCUAAUAUGAGUCGCAGCCAAUACAAGUAACCAUUGGAAUGAUCAUCAACAAUAAGAAAUUUCACCAGUGGCAUGAUUACUAAGGUUUUUGUUACCAAAAUGUUUGUGCAACCGUAAGGAAAGGAAUCAUUGGUAUCGUUUCAUCCUUCUAGGGAGCUCAACAAAAUAACAGUGAAGAGGACAUUUCAUGGAUGAUGGGAGGAGGAUGGUGCAACAAUGUCACUACUUGCCUUGCCCGUAGGGACACUCGUUUGGGUUCAUCUAAGAAAAUGGAUAAGCAACUUUCCUUUUCUGGAUUCUUUAGUAACGGCAAAAAGUUCAAUCCAGAUUUCUAUGAUUGGAACAGAAUCAAGGUUAGAUAUUGUGAUGGCUCAUCAUAUACUGGUGAUGUUGAAGCUGUUGAUCCGGCAACCAACUUGCACUUCAGAGGAGCAAGGAUUUUUGUUGCUGUCAUUGAGGAUUUACUAGCAAAAGGAAUGAAAAAUGCUCAAAAUGCAAUUCUCUCUGGAUGCUCAGCUGGAGGAUUGACUUCUAUUUUAAAUUGUGAUCGCUUCAAAGGUCUUCUACCUCCAACAACUAAAGUGAAAUGCCUUUCAGAUGCUGGUUAUUUUAUCAAUGUAAAGGAUGUCUCAGGAGCACAGCACAUUGAAGAGAUCUACGGUCAAGUUGUUCAAUUGCAUGGUUCAGCAAAAAAUUUGCCUCGAUCCUGCACUUCAAGACUUAGACCAGGGCUGUGCUUUUUCCCUCAAAAUAUGGCAUCACAAAUCAGUACUCCAAUAUUUUUUGUAAAUGCAGCCUAUGACUCAUGGCAGAUUAAGAACAUUUUGGCACCCGGUGUUGCUGAUCCCCAUGGCACUUGGCGUGAUUGCAAACUUGAUAUAAAAAACUGCUCACCAAAUCAACUAAGUGUAAUGCAAGGUUUCAGGACAGAAUUCUUAAGGGCAUUGAGUGCAGUUGGGAACACUCCAUCUAAAGGGAUGUUUAUAGAUGGUUGCUAUGCACACUGCCAAACUGGAAUACAGGAGACAUGGAUGAGAAAUGACUCUCCAGUGUUGGCCAAUACAACAAUUGCAAAGGCAGUGGGAGAUUGGUUUUACGAGCGAAGGCCUUUCCAUCAGAUAGAUUGCGCUUACCCUUGCAAUCCCACUUGUCAUAAUCGUGUUUUUGAUUAAAAUAUCCAUCCAAGUGUAGAUUCAUUUAAACAAUAUAUAUACCAUUACUCUACAAACAUAUCAUGUGGUUCAUAAUUUAAAUAAUAUUCGUGGCUGUGAUUUAUUACCCUUAACCUUAUCAGUUGGUUACAAGGCAUAAGUGUACUUAUAUAUAAUAACAAUAUAAAAUUAAAUAAAAAUGUAAUUAAAUUUCUGUUCUU